ACAGAAGAUGAAGAAUAUACCUACGCUAUAGGAAGUAGCACAGGGCCAGAGAAUUGGUGGCGUAUCAACCAAAAAUGGAAAACAUGUGGGGAUGGAAAACUACAAUCUCCCAUUGAUCUGCUUGACCAAAGGGUUCAAGAGCUUCCUCAAUUGGGUAAACUUAAGAAAGCUUACAAAUCAGCUCCUGCUGUCCUAAAGAAUAGGGGUCAUGACAUCGUGCUGGAAUGGAAAGGAGAUGCAGGCCAGCUUAACAUAAAUGAAACUUACUAUAAUCUGAUUCAAUGUCAUUGGCAUACACCUUCAGAGCACACGUUGAAUGGAACAAAGUUUGACUUGGAACUGCAUGCAGUCCAUACAACCUCUAAAGGAGAGUUUGCUGUUAUUGGAAUAUUGUAUAAAAUUGGUUCUCCAGAUCCCUUUUUUUCAAAGCUGCUCAAUGACAUAAAAUCAAGUGUGGACAAGGAUAUAGAUGUAGGACUAAUCAACUCAAGAGAGAUCAAGUUUAAAAGCAGACCGUACUACAGAUAUGUUGGUUCUCUUACAACUCCAGCAUGCACUGAAGGUGUUGUUUGGACAAUUGUGAAGAAGGUCAGGACAGUCUCAAGCGAGCAAUUAAGUGCCUUGAAAGGAGCUGUUCAUCAUGGAUAUGAGGAAAAUGCAAGGCCAACGCAGGAACUUGGUGGAAGACAAGUUUGGUUAUAUGGACCUAUGGAGAAUGAAAAGCCUACUUAAAUAUUUGUAUAAAGAUGUGAAGGGAAGUAACUGCUUCUACACUUGGCAAUAAAGUAGAGUACGAAGUAUGUACAAAUAAAGGCUACAUGAGGGCACGAUCAAGCACCUGGAAUAAUGAUCUUUAUUAUGUUUUAAGUCGUGUUUUUGGUGUGCUUGUUUUUUAGUAUGUUGGCUUGAUUUGUUUGUGCUGGUAUAUAUGACAGAGUGAUAAUUUGUACUUUUGAGGAGGGAGAUGGUGUGACAAAAACAUGAAAAGGAGUUUUAUUGUUUAAAUUUAAAUGAAGUUUGUUGC